AUGGCGGACCAGCACGACGUUGACUUAGACUCUAUCAUCGACCGCCUCCUGGAGGUGCGCGGUAGCAGACCUGGAAAGCAAGUCCAGCUUUUGGAGACCGAGAUCCGAUAUCUCUGCACGAAAGCUAGAGAGAUCUUCAUCAGCCAGCCAAUCUUACUCGAGCUGGAAGCUCCUAUUAAGAUCUGCGGUGAUAUCCACGGUCAAUACUAUGACCUCCUACGCCUCUUCGAAUAUGGUGGCUUCCCACCAGAGGCAAACUAUCUCUUCCUCGGCGACUACGUAGAUCGUGGCAAGCAGUCGCUCGAGACUAUCUGCCUUCUACUCGCAUACAAGAUCAAGUACCCCGAGAACUUCUUCAUCCUAAGAGGUAACCACGAGUGUGCGUCCAUCAACCGUAUCUAUGGUUUCUACGACGAAUGCAAGCGCCGUUACAACAUCAAGCUGUGGAAGACAUUCACCGACUGCUUCAACUGCCUGCCCAUCGCUGCUAUUAUUGACGAGAAGAUCUUCACUAUGCACGGCGGCCUAAGUCCGGAUCUCAACUCGAUGGAGCAGAUCCGUCGAGUCAUGCGCCCUACCGACAUUCCCGACUGUGGCCUGCUCUGCGAUCUAUUAUGGUCCGAUCCCGAUAAGGACAUCACAGGCUGGAGCGAGAACGAUCGUGGCGUGUCAUUCACCUUCGGUCCCGACGUUGUUUCUCGGUUCCUACAAAAACACGACAUGGAUCUGAUCUGUCGUGCUCACCAGGUUGUGGAAGACGGUUACGAGUUCUUCUCGAAGCGACAGCUAGUUACCCUGUUCAGCGCGCCCAAUUACUGCGGUGAAUUCGACAACGCUGGUGCUAUGAUGAGUGUCGACGAGAGCCUGUUAUGUUCCUUCCAGAUUCUCAAACCUGCUGAGAAGAAACAAAAGUACGUCCAUGGCGGCCUCGGAGGCAGCGGUUUCGCAUCUCCAAGAAAGCAAUCAUCCAAGUCUUGA